UUCCGGAAGACUUUUUCUCCUUCCUUUCUGCUCUUUCGCUUCAUUUCUCUGCGUCUUAAGACACGAUCGGUCGAUCAUUGAUCCGGUGACACCUUGGGAUAUUUAAUAAAACAACCUUUUAAAGGCUUUUAAUGGAUAAAUACAACUUUUAAAACCUUUUUAAAGCGUUUUGAGUUGAAUUUGUUGAACACUCCAGGAAACCUCGCCGUGUGGAAAACUAUUCCAUAAAGACAACAAGGAGGAAGAGGAGAACGAGCAACAAUCGCGGCAAAGACGGCUCAGGUGUUUUCUUUUCUCGCUCUUCUUUGAACCGCGCUACUAGAUGGACUACAUGGACAGUGGCCUGAAGUACACCCCGGCCCAGGACAAAGAAUGGGACACGACUGUUCAAUUCCUGCCGGCAUCAGACAACAAGAAGCUGGAGAAGAAGAAAGGUCCGGGGAAGUUGGGAGCUGUGAUCGGAGUGGUGAUCUUAUGCGCCGUCAUAGCGCUAAUGGCCGGCCUGCUGGUCUGGCACUUCCACUUCCGUAAAGACGUGCGCGUCAAGAAGAUGUACAGCGGCUCCAUGCGCAUCACCAACCAGGUUUUUGAGGACGCCUACGAGAACGCCAACAGCUCCGAGUUCCAGGCGCUGGCCAAGCAGGUCAAGACGCAGCUCAGAUCGCUCUACAGCAAGAGCCCGCAGCUGGCCAAAUACUACGUUGGAUCAACGGUUCAGGCUUUCAGCGAGGGCAGCGUCAUUGCUUACUACAUCUCCGAGUUCAGUGUGCCGAGCGGCCAGGAGGCAGCGGUGGACAGCGCCAUGUCCGCCAUGGACAAACUGGUGGACAAAGAGCAGCGCAGCGUCUCCAGGCAGGGCAAUGCUCUGCUCCUGGAAGACGUUGUGUCCUCGGAACUUGAUUCUCGAUUGUUUUCUACGGAAUUCAGCAGAUUCUUGAGGUUUUCCGAGCACACGAGGACAAACCACAUCGGCCAGAUCAGGUCCCCCGGCUUCCCCGACAGCUCGUACCCCCCCAACAGCUUCAUCCAGUGGCAGGUGCGGGCCGACCCCAACUACAUCAUCAAGCUGGACUUCGACACGAUGAACCUGGAGGAGAACUGCAGCAACGACUUUGUCAAGAUCUACGACUCCCUGGUCGCCAUCGAGGCCAACGUCCUGCAGGAGAUGUGCGGCUACUAUUCACCCAGCGAGCCCUUGACCUUCUUGUCCUCUGGCAAUGUGAUGCUGGUCACCAUGGCAACCAACGAAGAGAAGAACUACCCGGGCUUCCGAGCGCAAGUGUCGCAGGUGCGACGCGGCAGCACCAGGACCACGUGCGGCAGCCAGCUGACAGGUGAAGUAGGCCGUUUUACUUCUCCCAACUUCCCAAAUUACUACCCACCUCGGACUUCCUGCAAGUGGACCAUCGAGGUCCCUGCUGGAAAGGCGGUAAAGGUGACGUUCAAAAAAUUCCUCAUGUCUGAACCGGGCCAGGACGGAAGCAAGGGCUGCCGCAAGGACUAUGUGGAGAUCAACGGCAAGAAAUUUUGUGGUGAUCAGCCCGACGGCUCGCUCACAGAGACCAGCCGCACCAACAAAAUGACCGUUCAGUUUUUCUCCGACGGAUCCUACGUAGACAUCGGAUUCAACGCCACAUAUGAGGCAGUCGACAUCACCGACCCUUGCCCCAAGCAGUUCCAGUGCAAGAGCCAGCGCUGCAUCAAGUCAGACCUCAAGUGCGACGGCUGGAACGACUGCGGCGACAUGAGCGACGAGUUGAACUGCAAGUGCAACUCAACUCACAUCCACUGUAAAAAUGGGCUUUGCAAGCCCAUGUUUUGGAAGUGUGACGGCGUAGAUGACUGUGGCGACGGCACCGACGAGAAGAACUGUGGAACUUGUUCUACUGGACAGCUCACCUGCAAAAACGGCAAAUGCGUCUCGGAGAAGAGUCGCUGCGACGGGAGAGACGACUGCGGCGAUGGUUCCGAUGAGCUCGACUGCGGACGAGGUUCUGGUUCUGUGGUCUGCACUGACCUCACAUUCAAAUGCAAGAACAACAAAUGCAUCAGCAAAGUCAACCCCGAAUGUGACGACAUCAAAGACUGCGAGGACGGUUCGGACGAGGACAACUGUGAUUGCGGACGCAGUAAGUUCAAGACGUCGCGUAUUGUCGGCGGUCAGGACGCGGUGGCAGGCGAGUACCCCUGGCAAGUCAGCCUGCACGUCAAGCGUUAUGGACACGUGUGCGGCGCCAGCCUCAUUAGCCCCCGCUGGCUUGUCACCGCCGCCCACUGCGUGCAGGACGACAGAAGUACGAGGUUUUCUCAACCGGGCACUUGGGAGGCGUACAUGGGCCUCCACUCGCAGCGCAACAUCAGCAGCUCGGUGAUGAAGAGAAACUUGAAGAGGGUCAUUCCGCACCCUAACUAUAACGACUACACCUUUGACAACGACAUCGCUCUGAUGGAGCUGGACACUCCCGUGACCUACAGCGACUACAUUCAGCCCAUCUGCCUGCCUGCCGCACAGCACGACUUCCCCGUUGGCAACGUCGUCUGGAUCACCGGCUGGGGAGCCACUCGGGAGGGAGGAUUCGCAGCGACGGUGUUGCAAAAAGCACAGGUACGCUCUAUCAACCACACAGUGUGUGACUCUCUGAUGGGCGGUCAGCUGACCUCCAGGAUGAUGUGCGCCGGCAUUCUGAGCGGAGGAGUCGACGCUUGCCAGGGGGAUUCUGGCGGGCCGCUCUCCAUUCAGUCAGGCAGCCGCACGUUCCUUGGAGGCGUGGUCAGCUGGGGCGACGGCUGCGCCCGUCGGAACAAGCCGGGCAUCUAUACGAAGGUCACCAAAUUCCGCGGCUGGAUCAAAGAGAAGACGGGUGUGUAGAACAAAAAAGGCCGCACGGUGGGCCCGUGGACAUGAUCAUGAAAAUGGACUGACACACAGGAACUGCAUUGUGGAUUGUCAACUUCCACAAGAAGCGCCAUCACUCCAUGCAAUGCUUCAGGAGCAAGUGCAGCACUGUUCUGUGUCCACUAUGAUUUUAUCAUAUUCAUCUUGAUAAAUUGUAAAUAUGUUGUAUUUCCUGUGUGUUCUGUUGAUGUUUUUGCAUAUUUGGAUUGAGCACAUGCAUACAUAAAAACAGGUUUUUAAUAUGUUGUUGAACAUGUGAAAUGUUCGGUCCUUUGUGUCACUGCAACUGUCUUUUUUUUUUUUUUUUUGUGGUUGUAUUUCCUCACAAAUGUCAACAACUGUAACAUCAAUCCAUCCUACCUCCAGACAGUGUAUCCCAGAAUAACAUACUUGCUCUUUGCCUCUAUUACUCAUAUAUUUUGUUUGGAUUUUGUUGUUUAUGGAUGUUGACACAAAUCCAAUGAUUUAAAUUCAUUAGGAGAAAAAAAUGGCAUAGUAGCAUGAAACAAAAUAGUCAGACACUGUUAACAGUGUGAAAGCAGCCAAGGAGUGACAAGAUUUUUAUCCGAAGAAACUUCACAAGGAAUAUUUGGUCAACAGAGGUCCCUGAAUGCAUCAUGAUUGCUUUUGAAUACUUUUUUUGUGCUGUAUAUAAUUUUGCCAGCAAUAUCAACAGUGCAUAGAAUGUUGUGUAUGAUUUUUAUUUGUUUAGCUCAUUGGAGUAGUAAUAUAAACGCGACCGUUUUAAUCCACUGUCUCUGUGAAUGUUUAUAUAACAGUGUUUUAAAUAAAAUAUUUCGAAUAUA